CACAACAUUUACAAAGCAUAUUUUUACAAGUAUCCAUUCUAAAAUGGAUAAAAAUAAAAAGGCAAAACUUAAUUUACGUGCGAUUGCAUGCAAAGCGCGUAAAAAUGGCACAUUUACACACAACAUGGACUUUACUGAAGCAAGUAUGCAAGUGAUGCGACAAUAUAACAUCACGGAUCAUAAACGCCAGCAGUUGCUUGGCUUCAUGCAGAAAAACAUUGAGGAAUUAAAGAAUAAAGAAUUCAAACGCCAUGUUGAACCCGAGUAUCCAAAGGUAGUAAAGAAGAACACCGCUCAUGCUGAUCUAAUCAAAAUGGCGGAUCAACUACAAACUACUCCUAUUGGAAAGUAUGUACAAAGAGAUAUUCUACACCGGACAGGCAUGUUGAAGCAACAAGAAAUGUUUCAUGAUACUGUGGCACAAGUAAUCAAAGAAUUCAGACAAGAAUGGUUAGAAAUUACGCACACAAUGGGCAUUCGUAGAACAAUGCAGAAUUUAGAUCAUUCAGAUUCACAUCCAGUUUUAGAUCCGUAUAAAUUUUUUGGUAAAACUGAAUCUUAUCCUGAAUUUUUAAGAAACCGCGAGCGGUUGAAGAGACGUUUAUUUAUUCAAUAUCCAUUAAUGCAUAAAAUACUAAAAGCUGCAAGUAUGUUACCUGAUUUGCUAGUUGAUUUUGGAAAUUAUAGAAGCACAGAGUAUGAAAUUCCAAAUAUUAUGAUAAUAUUCAACGAGGAAAUUGAAAAAGGCAAAGCGGCAGUGCGCAAAUAUCACUUUAGAGUUACCAAAAUAAUACACACUAACAAACAAAAAUUCCCAAGCAAUCCAAGAGCACUAUCUCAAUUCAAAAAAACUGGAACUGUGUUGUUAGGUAUUAUUAUAUCCAAAUUAAUUCGUAACACUAUAGAUCAUUUAGUAGAAGUAACUGCUACACCAGAUAAAGUUCCUUAUUUGAAAUUAAAUCUGACUUAUGAGAAUCAUCUUUGCCUCACUCCCUCGGCAGAUGAAACCAGUGAUAUGUUUUCAAAAAUGGUUAAGAGACUUGCUGAGCUUGGCAAUAACUUAUUAGCAAUUGAAAGUAUCAUUGAUGAUAACAUCGGUGAAAUAUUUAUUCCGAUUUAUAUAGAAGAUGACUUUAUUGAGGGAGCAAUCUUGAAAAUUUAUACGAAUAUUUCUGAUAUGUACCAGCCUGUUUUAACAUAUGUACAAAAUAUUGAAAGUAAUUUUAUGUCGCUGCAAACAACCAGUUCACCUGACAUGGAACAAACCUUUGAAGAAUCAUGUAAUAAAGUUGACUUUUACAUUGAACUAAUACGUAAAGUUGAAGAUGUGGUUACGAAUGAAUACUAUGCAAUCGGAUCUUUAGAACAGGAAGAUUGUAAAGCAAAUUUGAAGAAGUCUAUAUACGGAAUAAUUGAAGAUAUUGCAGCUAAAUUAGUAUUGCAACAAGAGUGGGAAAAUGAAGAUAUCAUUGAAACUUUCGAGAAUUUAGCAGCUAGGGCACAAGUGAUUCCACAAACAAGUGAAGAACUAAUGGAACAAGGUGUGUACAUGACGUGGGCCAGAACAGAGUUAAUGUCACAACUCACAGAAAGAAUACAAACAAUGUUGACUGUUAUUUGUAAACUAAUGGAUAUUACCACCAUUACAUAUCACGAUAUGCAACUUAAUGCAAGAGUUGUGCAUUGGUUGUGGGAUAUUCAACCAAUUCUAGAAUUAAACUCUUCAAAUUAUGAACAGUUUAAAUUUGAAUUUGAAGAACGUCUAGCAAAUGCAGUGAUUCAGAUUCAUGCAGACAUUGAAGCUAUUUUACCAUAUUUACAAAUAUUGGAUAGCAUGAAUGAUUCAGAAAAUGCACGGGAAUAUAUUCAAGCAAUGGCUGAGAUUCUUGUUAGAAUAAGAAACUGUGAACAACAAAAGGAAUGGAUUAACUCAGAAGAAGUAACGUUUAAAUACCCAGUUUCACCGUUUAGUGAACUAGAAGAAUUGAAAAAUUGGGUGUACAAUUUCUAUCAUUUAGUAAAAAUGUGUCUCAACUGGAAUCGAUCAUAUUAUGCGUGGAUGGAUGGACCUUUUGAAUUUCUAGACCCACCAUAUGCUGAAGAAUAUGUUGAGGAUACAUAUAAAGAAUUUAUCAAGAUUCAAAAGACUUAUAGGAAUAAAUUACGACAAAUGGCUGGAGAAACACAUGCAAGAAAAUUUGUUGGAUCUGUUGAUGAUCCAGACCCUUUAAAUCAACCUGCACCUUUACAAUUAUGCAGAAAAACAAUGCAAUACAUAAAAGAAUUCAGACCUGCUUUGGUAUUAAUGAGAAUUAUGUGUAACCCAGCGUUGUUACAAAGACACUGGGAUGAAAUGUCAGAAAUAGCUGGUUUUGAUCUAACACCCAAUGCUGGAACCACUUUGAGGAAGAUGACAGAAAUGCAUUUAGAUGCUAACAUGGACGCAUAUGAAAUUAUUAGUAGUGGUGCCAUUAAAGAAUUAGAAUUAAUAACUAAUCUGAAGAAAAUGAUGGCUGAAUGGGACGAUGUUGUAUUUAAAACUAGUGUAUACAAGGACACUGGUAUUGUUAUUCUUACAGCCCUGGAUGAUAUCCAGGUGAUUUUAGACGACCACAUUUUGAAAACAUUGACAAUGCGUGGUUCUGUGUUUGUAAAACCCUACGAAACACAAGUUAAACAAUGGUAUGACAAAAUAAUGCGUAUGAAUUCUACAAUUGAUAUUUGGGGCAAGGUACAGUCCCAAUGGUUAUAUCUACUGCCCAUAUUUUCAUCAAAAGAUAUUGUUAAUCAAAUGCCAGCGGAAGGUAUUCUCUUCAAAGAAGUAGACUCUACGUAUAAACGAUAUAUGCAGGUUGUAAGUAAAGAUCCACAUGUUAUUGAAACAGCUGGUGCUAUGGGUCUGUUGGAAGCAAUGGAAGGUUGCAUGGAAAUGUUGGAUAAGAUCAAUGAUGGUGUAACAUCUUAUCUAGAAAAGAAAAGAUUAUUCUUCCCAAGAUUCUUCUUCUUAUCCAAUGAUGAAAUGCUUGAAAUAUUAUCUGAAACUAAAGAUCCUCUUAGAGUGCAACCUCAUUUGAGAAAAUGUUUCGAAGCUAUCGAUAGUUUACAAUUUGAUUCACUUCUUCAAAUUCACGCGAUGAUCAGUGGUGAAAUGGAAAAAGUAGAUUUCAUUAACAUAAUAAAAACAGAAGAAGCAGGUGGUAGUGUUGAGAAAUGGUUAGUCCAAGUUGAAGAAGAAAUGUUAUUAUCAAUCAAAGAACAGUUAUAUCAAAGUUGGAUGGAUUAUGUGACUAAACCAAGAACACAGUGGAUUCAACAUUGGCCUGGUCAAGUUGUAAUCGCUGUUUCACAAAUUUAUUGGACUUUGAGCAUGCAUCAAACAAUGGCCCCGGAUUCUCCUACUACGAUGUUAAAAUAUGCAACGCAAUUGAAUGAUCAACUACAAGAUACUGUAGCUUUAAUAAGAGAUCCUUCUUUGACGAAUUUAUCGAGGAUUACAAUCAAGGCAUUGAUUGUUAUUGAUGUACAUGCAAAAGAUGUUACGCAUGACUUGAACAAACAGAAUGUACAAUCAGAUUCUGAGUUUAAAUGGCUUGCUCAGCUUCGCUAUUAUUGGGAAGAUCAAUGUAAUGUACGCAUGAUUAACGCUACAGUCAAAUAUGCUUGUGAAUAUCUUGGAAACAGUGAUCGCCUCGUAAUCACACCUUUAACAGAUAGAUGUUAUCGAACACUAAUUGGUGCUUAUCAUUUACAUCUAAAUGGAGCUCCAGAAGGACCUGCGGGUACAGGCAAAACAGAAACAACUAAAGAUUUAGCAAAAGCACUUGCUGUGCAAUGUGUCGUGUUUAACUGUUCUGAUGGUUUGGAUUACAAAGCAAUGGGCAAGUUCUUCAAAGGUCUUGCGUCAAGUGGAGCUUGGGCUUGUUUUGAUGAGUUCAACAGAAUUGAAAUCGAAGUGUUAUCAGUCGUUGCUCAGCAAAUUUUGUCGAUUGUGCAAGCUGUGCGGGCAAAUGUUGAUAAAUUCGUUUUUGAAGGCACGGAAUUAAAACUAAACCCGGCAGUUUACGUUUGCAUCACAAUGAAUCCUGGUUAUGCUGGUCGCUCUGAACUACCUGAUAAUUUGAAAGUGCUCUUCAGGACAGUUGCAAUGAUGGUACCGGAUUAUGCCAUGAUUGGUGAAAUUUCAUUAUAUUCGUAUGGGUUUAUGGAGGCACGAAAACUGAGUGUUAAAAUUGUAACUGUUUAUAAAUUAUGUUCUGAGCAGUUAUCAUCGCAAAAUCAUUAUGAUUACGGUAUGCGAGCUGUGAAAAGUGUGUUAUCUGCUUGUGGUAAUAACAAACGUCUAUUCCCUAACGAAAAUGAAGAUAUUAUAUUGCUUCGAAGUAUUAUUGACAUCAAUUUGGCGAAAUUCUUGGCGGAUGAUGUUCCGCUAUUUGGUGGAAUUAUUAGUGAUCUGUUUCCGGGCAUUGUACUACCUCAAGCCAACUAUAAAGUAUUCGUCAAGUGUUUCAAGGAAGCUGCAAAAGCACGAAAUUUGCAACCAAGAGAUAGUUUCCAAUUGAAAGUUAUCCAAACCUACGAAAUGAUGAUUGUCCGACAUGGCUUUAUGUUAGUUGGUUUCCCUUUUGCUGGAAAAACAUCUACGUUGAAAGUAUUAGCUGAUACACUAACACAAAUGAAUGUUUUGAAUAUGCCACAACUUAAAGUGCAGUAUCAGUUUAUUAAUCCCAAAAGUAUUACAAUGGGACAACUGUAUGGUCAAUUUGAUCCGGUAUCAUAUGAAUGGUUCGACGGAGUUGUCGCAACUUGCUUCAGAAAUUUUGUGGUAGAUCCAGCACCAGAUCGUAAAUGGGUUAUUUUUGACGGUCCCGUUGAUGCCGUCUGGAUUGAAAACAUGAAUACAGUGUUAGAUGAUAAUAAAAAGUUGUGUUUAAUGAGUGGAGAAGUUAUGGCGAUGACAAGUUCAAUGUCAAUGAUCUUCGAAGUCAUGGAUUUGGCACAGGCAUCACCAGCCACUGUAUCACGAUGUGGAAUGAUUUACUUAGAGCCGGCUAAUUUGGGAUGGCGACCAUUUUUUGAGUCUUGGAUAGUCAAUCAAAAUCCAGAAUGGUGUGGGGAAUACAAACAAAUGAUUAUAGACCUAUUCGAAUGGCUAGUUGAUCCCUGUAUGUAUUUUAUUAAGAAAUUCUGUAGACUACAGAGUAAUCCAGGAGAAAUAAACAUGGUAAAGAAUAUGUAUACGAUUCUUCAAAUGGUAUUGGAUAAUGCUUGCGAGGAAAGCACCAAGAAAGAUGAAGAUUUUAAAUUUAUGAAAAUAUGGAUUGAAGCGACGUUUAUUUACGCUGGGGUUUGGGGUUUAGGCUGUACCUUAGACCAAGAUUCACGAGAACGUUUUGAUGAAUUUUACAGAACAAUGUGGCGUGGUGAAAAUCAAAGUCAUCCAUACCCACUUGAAAAACUAGAAGUAUUAUUUCCAAAUGAAGGAUUACUUAUCAAUUACAGCUACACUUAUAGACUUAAAGGUGCCUGGAAAUAUUAUCCAGAACUUGUAAAAUCUAUGAGAGUAGAAGAUGCUCAGAUUAUUCAACGUGUUCUUGUUCCAACAAUAGAUACAGUAAAAUACGUUCAAAUGUUGGAAUUGCAUAUUCAACACAAAGUACCGAUACUUUUAGUAGGACCAACAGGGACUGGCAAAAGUUACUAUUCUCAAGAUACUUUAAUGAAUCGUUUAGAUCAGGAUAAAUAUGAACCUUCAUUUAUUACAUUCACAGUGAAAAUAUCAGCUAAUCAAACACAGGAAAUGAUAAUAAGUAAAUUGAAUAAAAUACGACGAGGUAAAUAUGGACCUAGGGCAGGAAAACAUUCGGUAAUCUUCAUUGAUGAUAUGAAUAUGCCUGUUAAAGAACAGUAUGGUGCCCAACCACCAAUUGAAUUGUUGCGGCAAUAUUUUGAUCAUAAGAAUUGGUACGAUUUAAAAGAUACGUCAAUGAUAUAUAUUUAUAAUACAUUGUUUAUUGCUGCAAUGGGUCUGGUUGGUGGAAGCAGACAAGAUGUAUAUCAACGAUUUUUAAGACAUUUUAAUGUAUUUUCGAUUAAUGAAUUUUCUGAAGAUAGCAUGAAUAAAAUAUUCAGUAAUAUAUUGAUACUUGGUUGGAAGAAGAAUGGUUUCCCAAGUGAUGUUAUUAUCACUGUGAAUGCAAUAGUAGCAGCCACAAUGGAAAUUUAUCAGAAAUCAAUUGAACAGUUGAGACCCACACCUGCAAAAUCACAUUAUGUGUUUAAUCUGCGAGAUUUUGCGCGUGUUAUUUUCGGAUGUUCAUUACUACGUAAGGAUUCUGCAGAAGAUCGAAAAACUUUUGCAAAAUUAUGGGUGCACGAAAUUCUCAGAAUAUUUUAUGAUCGUUUAAUAGAAAAAGAAGAUAAAUCUUGGCUUUAUAAUGAAAUCAGAAGUACUUGCAGAACUUUCUUUAAAGAUACUUUUGAUAAUAUAUUUGAUGAUUACCCUAAAGAUGCCGAUGGAAAAGUAGCUGAAUACGCAUUGAAAAAUCUGAUGUUUGGAACUUACUUAGACACAGAUGCAACAGAAGAUGAUGUGAAAUAUGAAGAAGUUGUUGAUCCAGAUGCAUUAUAUAAUCUGGCGUUUGGUUUUCUUGAUGAGUAUAAUACAACGCAUAAAGCUAAAAUGGAAAUUGUACUUUUUAAGUACGCCCUUGAACAUUUGAGCAAAGCGUGCCGAAUUUUAGCAAUUCCAUCAGGGAGUGCCUUACUGGUUGGUGUCAGUGGGUCAGGGAGACAAUCAUUAGUUCGAUUGGCAACUGCAAUCGCGGGGCAUACCUUCUUUCAACCAGAAAUCAAUAAAAACUAUGGCAUGAACGAAUGGCGUGAUGAUCUUAAGAAGGUACUAAAAGAAGCAGGAGGAAGAGGAAAAUCAAGCACGUUCCUAUUUUCCGAGGGGCAAAUUAAAGAGGAGAGUUUCCUUUCUGAUAUUGAUAACCUUCUAAACUCUGGUGAAGUACCUAAUAUUUAUGCAAUUGAUGAAAAACAAGAAGUAUUGGAAAUGGUACGUUUGGCUGCGCAAGGUGGAAACCGUAAUUUGGAUAUUAGCGCAUUAGCAGUGUUUUCUUUCUUUAUAAAACGAUGCAAAGAACGUUUACAUAUCAUGCUAUGCUUCAGUCCAAUUGGUUCUUCAUUCAGACAACGAUUACGUUUAUAUCCUUCACUUGUAAAUUGCUGUACUAUUGAUUGGUAUGAAGAUUGGCCGGAAGACGCGCUUGAAAUGGUUGCACAUAACUGGAUAGGAGAUAUUAAUCUCAACGAUGAUGUAAAGAGUUCUGCUGUUAUUGCUUGUAAACAAUUUCAUGUAGUUGCCCGACAAGUUUCCAGUGAAUUCCAGAAAGCAACAAGUCGAAAAACGUACGUUACUUCAGCGUCAUAUCUAGAAUUGAUAAAAUCUUUCACUGUGUUGACAAACAAGCAGCAAAUGGAAAUAAUGUUAAAUAAAAACAGAUAUCUUACUGGUUUAGAAAAAUUACAGUAUGCAUCUUCACAAGUUGCUGGAAUGCAAAAGGAUUUAGCAGAGUAUCAACCACUUUUGUUAGAGAUGAGUGCCAAAGCAAACGAAAUGCUCAAACAAAUCGAAACAGAAACUAAAGAAGUAGAAAAAACAUCCGUUCAAGUCAGAAAAGACGAGAAAGUAGCAAAUAUACAAGCAGCAGCUUCACAAGCUUUAAAAAGAGAAUGUGAAGCUGAUUUAGCUGAAGCUAUUCCGGUUUUAGAAGAAGCAAUUAACGCUCUUAACACAUUGAAACCAGCUGAUAUUACUUUGGUUAAAUCUAUGAAGAAUCCACCGGAAGCAAUUAAGCUGGUUAUGGGGGCUGUCUGUGUAAUGCGUGAUAUUAAACCAGAUCGUAUUAAUGAUCCUGCAACAGGUUAUAAAAUAUUAGAUUAUUGGGGUCCUAGUAAGAGAUUAUUAGGAGACAUGAACUUUUUACAGUAUUUAAAAGACUAUGAUAAAGAUAAUAUCAAACCUGAAAUCAUGCAGAAAAUUAGAAAAGAAUAUUUGCCUGAUAAAUUGUUUAAACCGAAUGUUGUUGCCAAAGCUUCUAGUGCUGCAGAAGGAUUGUGUAAGUGGAUUAUUGCAAUGGAUAUGUAUGAUAACGUAGCACGGUUGGUAGCUCCUAAAAAGGCGAAACUGGAAGCUGCAGAAAGAGAAUACUCAGCCACAAUGGCACUGCUCAUGGAAAAGAAAGCUGAAUUGACGAAACUCGAAGAAAAAUUAGCACAUCUUAAUGAAUUACUUGACGAAGCAAUGCAGAAACAAAAAGAACUCAAAGACAACGUGGAAAAUGUAGCUAAUAAACUCGCUCGUGCUGAAAAACUAAUUGGAGGUUUAGGUGGAGAGCGAAGCAGAUGGCUCCAAGCUGCUGAUAAUCUUCAACUGCUUUAUGAUUCUCUAGCUGGUGAUUUGUUAAUAUGCUGUGGACUGAUUGCAUAUCUAUCUCCAUUUACCCUCCCAUACAGAGUAAAAACUCUCGCGGGGUGGCAUGAGUACGUAAAGCAAUUGAAGAUACCCUGUAGUAAAAUAUUCAACUUUUCGGAAAUUCUUGGAAGUGAUAUCAAAGUACAAACGUGGUGUAUAAACAGCCUGCCACGCGAUGCCUUUUCUAUUGAAAACGGAAUCAUACUUGACUCUUCCCGACGUUGGUCUUUACUUAUCGAUCCGCAAGGUCAAGCCAAUACAUGGAUUAAAAAACUUGAGAAAAGAAACGAAUUGGAAAUCACGCGACUGUCCGAUCCAAAUUACAUGAAAAUUUUAGAGCGUUGUAUUCCGAUAGGAAAACCAGUUUUAAUGGAAAAUGUUCAAGAGGAGCUGGAAGCACCAUUAGAUCCAUUGUUGUAUAAAAUGACCUUUACGCAAGCUGGCAUUGAACUAAUAAGUCUAGGUGAUAAUGUUAUACCAUUUCAUAAAAACUUCAAAUUUUAUUUGACCUCGAAUUUGAGAAAUCCUCAUUAUUUACCUGAGGUGUUCAAUAAGGUCACGAUAAUUAAUUUCUCAUUAACAAUCGAUGGGCUUCAAGAUCAAUUACUUGGUAUUGUAGUUGCCAAAGAACGUCCUGAUUUACAACGACAACGAGAAGAAUUAAUAAUGCAAAGUGCAGAGAAUAAAUCAGCUCUAGCUCGAGUUGAAGAAAACAUUUUGAAAACUUUGAGUGAAAGUCAAGGAGACAUUUUAGAAGAUGAAAGCGCUAUAGAAGUUUUAGAUUUUUCUAAAGCUCUUUCCAUAGACAUUAUAGCAAAACAAAAACAUGCAAAAGAAACCGAGAAGAAAAUAGAAGGAUUUCGAUUGGAUUAUAAACCAAUGGCGGAACACAGCGCUGGAUUAUAUUAUUGCGUUUCGGACCUACCUAACGUUGACCCGAUGUACCAAUUUUCGUUGAACUGGUUCAUAAAUUUGUACAUCAUGAGUAUCGAGAAUGCGAACAAAUCGCGUGACUUGGAAAAACGACUAAAGUUCUUAAAGGACACAUUUACGUAUAAUUUAUACUCGAAUGUGUGUAGGUCACUUUUCGAAAAAGACAAAUUAAUGUUUUCGUUCAUUUUGUGCACGAUGAUUAUGCUGUCGCAGAAGAAAUUAGAUGAAAGAGAAUUUAAAUUUUUACUGACCGGAGGCGUAAAUGUUGAAAAUCCAGCUGAGAAUCCUGAUAAGAAUUGGUUGAGCGAUAAAUCUUGGGACGAAAUAUGUCGUGCGAGCGACAUGCCUGCGUUUAAUGGACUAAAACAACACGUUAUCAAAGAAUCCGGUCAAUGGCGAGCGUUAUACGAUAAUCCUACCCCGCAAAAUGCUCCUAUACCAGCCCCAUUCGGAAAUACAUUAACUCCAUUCCAAAAAUUAAUUAUUCUCAGAUUAAUUCGACCAGAUACGUUAUUUUUGGGAAUUUCAAAUUUUGUUACAAAUGAACUUGGUGCCCGGUUUACACAACCACCUCCAUUUGAUAUAGCUAAGUCAUAUGAAGAUUCCACAUGUCUAACACCUUUGGUGUUUAUUCUAAGCCCUGGUAAUGAUCCACUUGCUGCACUUUGGAAGUUUGCUGAACUCAAGGAAAUGCAAGAAAACUUCAAUUCCAUAUCUUUGGGACAAGGUCAGGGACCAAUUGCUCAAGAGUUAAUGGAACGUGCCCAGGCAGAAGGUGGAUGGGUCUGUCUACAAAAUUGUCAUUUAGCAGUUUCAUGGAUGCCCUCACUUGAAAAAAUCUGGGAAGAAAUGGAUCUCGGCAAUACACAUGAACAUUUUAGAUUAUGGUUAACUAGCUAUCCAUCAAACCAAUUUCCAGUGACCAUUUUACAAAACGGGGUCAAAAUGACCAAUGAACCACCAAGUGGCCUACAACAGAACUUGUUAAGAUCUUACAUGAGUGCCCCUAUCAAAGAUCCGGACUUUUAUGAAGGUUGUCCAGGAAAAGACGCCAUGUUCAAUAGGUUAUUGUAUGCAGUAGCUUUCUUCCAUGCAGUUAUCCAAGAACGGCGUACAUUUGGUCCUUUGGGCUGGAAUAUACCCUAUGGUUUCAACGAAUCUGAUAUGGAUAUAUCCAUUCAACAAUUACAAAUGUUUGUUAAUGAAUCCAGUGAGAACCCAUAUGAAGCAGUAACUUACUUAACAGGAGAAUGUAAUUACGGUGGUAGGGUUACAGAUGACUGGGACCGAAGACUUAUCGUCACUAUUUUGGCUGAUUUUAUAAACGAAAAAGUAGUGAAUAAUAUGGAUUAUCUCUUCGUAAACAUUGAUGAAAUGUACGGAUUACCCAGAAAAAAUGGAUAUGAUGAUUACGUUGAUUGGAUUACAGGAUUGUCUAGUAUCCAUUCACCCGAAGUUUUUGGUUUGCAUAUGAAUGCUGGUAUCACGCGAGAUUUACAAACAAGUAAUAAUAUUCUAGACUCAAUGAUACUUGUGCAAGGUGAGGAUACUUCAGCAGCAGGUGCUGAAAUUGAUAAUAUCAUAAGCUUAAUUGCAAAUGAUAUAUUAUCAAAAAUACCAAAACCUUUUGACAUUGAAGAAGCAGUUAAACACUAUCCAGUUGAAUAUUCUGAAUCAAUGAAUACUGUCCUAGUUCAAGAAAUGGAACGAUUUAAUAAAUUAUCAAGAGAAAUUGUUAACUCUUUAAACAAUAUCUUGAAAGCCAUCAAGGGUUUAGUCAUCAUGUCCCCAGAUCUUGAAUUAUUGUAUACAUCAAUAUUUCUGGGACGUAUUCCAGCUCAAUGGAGCAAAGUAUCCUAUCCCAGUUUAAAAUCUCUACCAAAUUACAUCACAGAUUUUGUGGAACGUUUGGAAUUUUUAGAUGAUUGGUACAAGAGAGGUAAACCUCAAUCAUUCUGGUUAUCCGGAUUCUUCUUCACUCAAGCUUUUCUCACUGGAGCUAAACAAAAUUAUGCUAGGAAGUAUAAGAUUCCUAUAGAUCAGUUGACAUUCGAUUUUGAAGUACUUAAAGUAACUUCAAUAAACAAAGCACCAAGUAAUGGCAUUCAUACAUAUGGGCCUUUCACUGAUGGUGCUCGAUGGGAUCUGCAUGCUGGAGUUUUGCGAGAAUUGUACCCGAAAGUAUUAUUCGAUGUUAUGCCAGUUGUGUGGAUCAAACCACUAUUGGUAACUGAUUAUGAUGAACACGGGCGAUACAAAUGUCCGUUGUACAAAACUUCGGAACGCAAGGGAAUUUUAUCAACAACUGGCCACUCGACAAAUUACGUGCUACCGUAUUUAUUGAAUACUGAACUACCUUCCGAACAUUGGGUCAAGCGAAGCGUAGCGUUGUUGUGUCAGCUUGAUUGAUUUUGAUCGUGAUUUAUGUAAAUAAAUGAUUUUAGGUAGAA